AUGAGCUCGUCGUACCCGCCAAAAACCCGCACCCGUCAGAGCGGGUACGGGUUUUCGCCGGGUACGGGUGUGGGUAAGGCCUCUGAUACCCGGGGGUAUACCCAUGCAGUUCCCUACCUCGACCAGCAGUUUAGAAUCGACAGCGGAUGGUCAUAUGCAAAGAUCACCAAUAACCUACGUACCUGGUUCCCAAAGGUCUUCAGAUACCUGGAUACGCAAGUUGAGAAGCGAACGUCCCAACCACGGUCCAGCCAUGAGGAAAAACCUGUUUGGCGCCUCCUAAACAAGUCUGGACAGGUGUUGACAGUUGUCGAUGUUGCAUUUCCAACUGGAAGUGACCUCUCAAAACACAAGGGACGAGACAAAGCCAGCGCCAGCGAAUGCCAUCUCUGGUUUGUAACGAGGAACCGGAUCCCGGACGAUAUUUACGAAUCUUGGAACACGCAGCCUGUUAUUGCAGGUUCAGAUUCCGAACGUGAUGAGAGUGACCAACUUUUCUCUGAUACGGACGGUUCAGUUGCCGAUAAGUCUGACAACGAGCUCGCAAGUUCCUUGAUGGAAUUGGAUCUGACUGAUGUCAAAGUCAAGGACUCAAACCCCAAAGGUAAAAUGAAGGCAAGAACACCAAAACGUACCAAUCACAUGAAACGAGUCCUUUCUCCUGACGAGUCAUCAUCCGAUACGAAGCGCCGAGUGGUUCAAAAGAAACAUAAGAAAGAAUCAGCGAGUGACGUUCCGCUAUUCUUUUCAGACUCAGGAAGUUCAAGUUGUCAAGCCCCUCCACCAACCCAGCCUCAAUUCAGUAGCCUCCGUCACGGUGACCUGCGACUCAAAGUGUCAUCUCCACCCGAAUUUGUGUCCGUCAGUGAGGACGAUGUCCUCUGGCGCAACAGAACGGACGGCGAUGACCCCUUCGCUCCGGAACGCAUCAAUCCUUGGGACUCUCGUUAUAUCAUGAUGCAGAAUGCUGCUAACUUUCUUAUUUGA